AUGGCGGAUUUGAACCAGGAGUCGCUGCUGGCGCACAAGCGCACGUUCAUGGAGUUCCUCGACCCCGAGAACCCCAAGUCGCGCUACAUGCAGCGAAUCAGCGCCAUGGUGGACGCGGACAAGCACCGCCUCCUCAUUGACCUCUCGGACCUCCGAUCCUUUGACCCGCACCUCGCCCGCAGGCUCAUCCGCACGCCAGGCGAGCUGUACCCAGCGCUGGUGAGCGCAGUGGAGGAUGCAGUGAAGCUGGCGCACCCCAAGCACCUGCUCGAGUCCGCAGCCACAGGCGUGGGGGGAGGCGAAGUGAGCGUGGGGUUUGAGGGGCCGUUUGGGUUCCACCAGCUAUCCCCUCGCGAGCUGCUCUCGCCCUUCCUCAACUCGCUUGUCUGCGUGCAUGGCAUCGUCACCAAGUGCUCCUCCGUGCGUCCCAAGGUGGUGCGCAGUGUGCACUACUGCCCAAACACGGGGGCCUUUUCGUCUCGGGAAUAUCGAGAUGUCACUGCACUCACUGGACUGCCAACACCUGCCAUCUACCCCACCAAGGACGAUAAGGGCAACAUUCUAGUCACAGAAUUCGGUCUGUGCCGCUACCGCGACCACCAGGCGAUGGCGAUGCAGGAGAUGCCUGAGAACGCCCCAGCAGGGCAGCUGCCGCGGUCCCUGGACGUGCUGCUAGAGGACGACCUGGUGGAUGCAUGCAAGCCGGGGGACCGCGUGGCAAUAGUGGGCAUCUACAAGGCUGCUCCCAUGCGCGCCACCGGCACCAUCAGCGGCACGUUUCGAACGGUGCUAGUAGCAUGCAAUGUGAUGCAGCUGAGCAAGGACGCAGUGGCGCCAAGAAUGACAGCAGCAGACGUGAGGGCAGUGAGGGCGCUGGCAGCACGAUCAGACGCGUGGGGAGUGGUGGGGGAGUCGCUAGCCCCGUCCAUCUGUGGCCACGUGUGGGUAAAGAAGGCCCUGGCGCUGCUGCUGCUGGGGGGGGUCGAGAAGAACCUACCUAAUGGCACACACAUAAGAGGCGACGUGAACAUGCUAAUGAUGGGGGAUCCCUCAGUGGCCAAGUCGCAGCUGCUUCGAGCCAUCAUGCACGCUGCCCCCCUCGCCAUCUCCACCAACGGGAGGGGCUCGUCAGGCGUGGGUCUGACUGCUGCUGUCACCACCGACCAGGAGACAGGUGAAAGGAGGCUGGAAGCAGGAGCAAUGGUGCUGGCGGACAGAGGAGUGGUGUGCAUUGAUGAGUUUGACAAGAUGAGCGAUGCCGACCGGGUUGCCAUCCAUGAGGUGAUGGAGCAGCAGACAGUCACGAUCGCCAAGGCGGGCAUCCACGCGUCCCUCAACGCUCGCUGCAGCGUGGUUGCCGCAGCAAACCCCAUCUACGGAUCUUACGACCACUCCAUCAGCCCCAUGCGCAACAUCGGCCUGCCCGACUCGCUGCUGUCGCGUUUCGAUCUGCUCUUCAUCCUCGUGGAUCAGAUGGACGCUGACGUGGACACCCGCAUAGCCAAUCACGUGCUCCGCAUGCACCGCUACCGCCUCCCUGGCGAUGAUGGCAGGGAUAUACCCAUGGCAGCAACACACGCAGAUGAGGAGGACGAGGAAGAAGAGGGGGGAGACGCAGACGGCCCAGAUGCUUCUGCUGCUGCAAUGGACGGCGAAGAUGAUGCCAAUCCGGCCACUAGCCGGCCUAGGACCAGGAGUGGGGGUAGAGGAGGGGGAGGAGGGGAUGGGGGUGGGGGAAGGGGAGGAGGGGGCAGCAGUGGUGCAGCUGAUUUGGCGGCGAACUUAGUUAAGUACGAUCGCUUACUGCACGGGGAGAGGAAGGCCGGGGAGCCUAUAAGGAAGAUACUUAAGAAGCGUUUUCUGAAGAAGUUCUUUCACUUUGCCCGCGGCCGCACCCCAGUGCUCUCCAAUCGGGCAGCAGAGAAGAUAGCACAGGCUUACGCGGAAAUGAGGGCGCAGGGCAUGGACGCGAGAAGGAGGUCGGAUCAAGGCACUCUCCCUGUGACGGCCCGUUCUCUCGAGACCAUGAUCCGCCUGUCCACGGCACAUGCCAAGCUGAAGCUGCGGCGAGAGGUGUUGGAAUCGGACGUGGCAGCAGCAUUAAGCCUCCUUGACUUUGCUCUGUACCAUCGCGAGCUGGAUGAAACCGACAAGAGGAUGGAGGAGGAGAGGCAGCGCGUGGAGCAGCAGCGGAAAGAAGCUGUUGCUGCCGCCGCCGCUGCUGCUGCUGCCACGACUGCUUCUGGUGAUGGUGCUGCUGAUGGUGCUGCUGAUGGUGCUGCUGCUGGUGCUGCUGAAAGUGUGGGUGGAACCGCAGCAGCUGCAGCUGGGGGACGGCCGCGGCGAGGAGGCGGGCGCAAGACAAGGUCUCGUGGGAAGAGGCAACGCAGGGAUUCACAGGCGGAAGGCAGCGAGGAGGACGAGGAAGAAUAUGUGGAGGAGGGGGAAGAGGAGGAGGAAGAGGAGGAAGAGGUGGAGGAGAUUGAGAUGGAGGAAGAACCUGCAGCCGGGGUUCCACACCUGGGUGACCCGGCAUCUGCUUCUGCUGCCGAUGGGGCCUUCACUGCUGAAAGAUUCGACGCCUUCCAGCUGGCGUUCAGUGAGCAUGCAGUGGCAGCGAGGGUCGAGUCGAUAGCAGUGGAGGAACUGGCAGAGGUGGUCAACAAGCGAUGGCCGGGGAAGAGCUUCACUCGGGCUGAAAUCGAUGCCAUGCUGGAGUCGAUAGCAGUGGAGGAGCUGGCAGAGGUGGUCAACAAGCGAUGGCCGGGAAAGAGCUUCUCUCGGGCUGAAAUCGAUGCCAUGCUGGAGGUGAGGUGA